AUGUCAUUUUUGGUUAAGAAAAUUGGCCAGAAGUACGUCAACACGGCAGUGCAGAAGACUUUUGGUGACGAAGACCCGUUCUAUGAUACUAUUCAAGUCACAAAGCCCAAUGGCAAAGUCAAGACCAAACGUGUUUGGAAAGAACCUCCUGAGCUUGGUCUUUGUGAAAAGGAUCAAGAAAUCAUGCGCCAAUUUAGUAAACGUGCUUGGAACUUAGACAUGUUUUUCAGUUUCUGUGGAAUGCGAUUGGGCUGGUCAGCAAUCAUUGGGAUUAUUCCAGUUGUUGGCGAUUGUAUCAACAUUUAUCUCUCAUUACGUCUUGUUUACAUGGCCCAAGGCCUUGAAGGAGGACUACCUGUGGGUGUACAAUCCAAAAUGAUGGCCAAUAUUACAAUGGAUUUUUUACUAGGUAUUACACCUGUUUUGGGUAUUAUUGCAGGAGCAUUAUACAAGAGUAACUCACGAAACAAUUUGAUUUUGAUGCACCAUUUGCAACAUACUGCCGAAGAUAACAUUCGUCAUGGGAAAUAUUCGACUCUUGGAAUUGGUAAGAAGAAAAAGUCUGGAUGGUUUACAUUUGGAAGUGGAAGUAAUAACGAAGGAUAUAAGGAUAUUCCUGAACCAAGCACGGGUAGUUUGCUUACUAGUAAGGAUCAAGGACAUGAUUUGCAUACUACCACGAAUUUUGCUUCAGGCAAAAGUCAUCCUGAGUUGAUUGAGUUAUCUGGGGUAUCUAGUUCUCAAGAUUCAGGUGUAUUUCAAGGUAGUAACGACAAUAGUCACAGUUCACAAUUGAAUUCACAUCAACAUCAACAUCAACAUCAAUAUCAACAACAACAACCACAACCAAAUCCGGCCACUUCUUCUUCUUCUUCUUCUAAUGGUCGUAACAGAGCAGGGUAUCCUGCACAUGAAACGGUAAGUAUAGCAUAUCCACCGCCACCUCCACCAUUACCUGAUCGGGCUCGUCAUACAUGA